AACAUCAAACUUUCUGCAGUGGAUAAUUAUAUACACAAAAACUCUGUCUUAAUAUCUUGAUAACAAUCGAUUUCCCCAAACCAUAUUAUUCUAGCCCUAGCCCCUUACCUGAAACUCACAAUUUAAUUCCAUUCUUGGCCCAAAUAAAUAAAUAUAAAAAUAAAGGAUGAAAAAGAACAAAAACUUUAGAAAAAGAAGUCAACCAGAUGACGAUGAUGACGCAAAUGAGCAAACAGCAGUUCAAGAUGAUGCCAACGAUAGGCGGUUAGCUUUAGAAGAGAUAAAGUUCCUUCAGAAAUUAAGGGAGAAGAAGUCAGGAGUUCCCGCGAUAGUUAAAACAGGGCAGGCUGCUGCGGCUACUGGUGGAAGCAAUGCCGGUGGGUUGGUUUCCAAAAGUGGUGAAAAGGGUGAAGGGGAUGGAGAGAAAGAUGAUUUGGUUUUACAGGAUACUUUUGCUCUGGAGACUGCUGUCAUGGAUGAAGAUCCUCAUAUGUUAAGAUAUGUUGAGCAAGAGCUAGCUAAGAAAAAGGGGAAGAAAAUCGAUGAGCCUGAUCAAGUUGAGAAUGAUAUAAAACGUGCAGAAGAUGAAUUGUAUAAAAUUCCGGAGCAUCUUAAGGUCAAACGGCGGAACUCGGAGGAAAGCUCUACUCAGUGGACCACUGGAAUUGCUGAAAUCCAGCUUCCCAUCGAAUUUAAGCUGAAAAAUAUCGAGGAAACAGAGGCUGCCAAAAAGCUCCUGCAGGAGAAGAGGCUAACUGGCCGAGCUAAAACUGAUUCUGCUAUACCUUCAAGCUACAGUGCUGACUAUUACCAGCAUGGAAAGGACCAUGCGGAAAAACUUAGGAGAGAUCAUCCUGAGCUUUACAAGGAGAAAGGUGCAAAUAAAAAUGGGGAAGCUAGAGCCGGUGAUCCUGCUGCUGUAGAUGGAGGAGGUGGUGGUGGUGGUGGUGGCGGUGGACGACAAGCUGCUACAGAUCAGUUUAUGCUUGAACGGUUCAGAAAAAGAGAACGCCAUCGUGUAACCAGGAGAUGAUGUUUGACAUGCAAGUUUUUGUGGUUUUCUACAUUUUCCAUUUCCCAUCCUUGAUUGUGAUUUAGAGGCGUUAUUUCCAUGUCAGUAAUCAUAACUCUCCCCUCACAACUGGUUCUUGGGAUCUUGCGUAUCGGGAUAUUUACAGAAGUUUUAUCUAGCUGCAAACUUUUUAUUCUCAUUCUGCUUCAUGUACCAUGUACUAUAACAUGAUUACAUUUCUCUCCUCUUUAUGUACAAUCUCAAGGUCUAUCACGAAACUAAACACAUUAUUGUAAGUUAAAGUUACAUUAGUUUUUAAUAGACUUGUUUUUUCCUCA